GUUGUCAGGCAAGUAGUAAGUAAGGGCUAUAUUCUAUAUUCCACCUUGCCCUGAUGUGUAAACUCAACCUAUCGUACCAUCUAAAUAGGCGAUCACAUGCAAUACCACCUUGUUUAGUUACACAACAGUACUAGAAUACCACCUUGUCUAAUAUAGAAUGAUGCCAACAGGCUACAGCCCCUUUAAAUGUUAUGCACUUUAUACUUGAAUAGAUACCUAAGUAGAUUAAAUCUCCCGGAGAGAAGAGUUAACAGCUCAACUUCUAACCUACCCGUUCACAUCUGACCAGAGACCUUCACCUCGGGCAGUCAACGAUGGCACAAUUCCAGCCAGCAACCACUGAGGUUGAAAUUCUCGAUGUUCUCAUUGUGGGAGCAGGAAUCUCUGGGAUCAAUUGUGCAUAUCGGCUCCAGACCCAACUCCUCCAUGUCAAAUUCGCUAUUCUAGAAGGCCGCGAUCAAAUUGGAGGCACCUGGGAUCUAUAUCGCUACCCAGGCGUACGCAAUGACUCACAUAUAUAUUCCAUGGCCUUUGCGUGGCAUGCUUGGCCGUUCCCGAAUCCAAUAGCCACGGGAGCCCAGAUCAUGGAAUAUCUCUCGGAUGCCGUGUCUAAAUAUCGUUUGGAUAAGUAUAUCCGAUUUCGUCAUAAAGUAUUGUCGGUGAACUGGUCUACAACAGGCCAGAAUUGGAGUAUAGUGGCCGUAAAUCAUAAUGGCAUAACCAAGAAGUUCCACGCUCGUUGGAUUAUCCUGGGAACAGGGUACUACGAUUAUAGCACACCUUUCCAAACAGUCAUACCUGGUCUAGAAAAUUUCAAGGGAAAGGUCGUCCACCCGCAAUUUUGGCCGUCGGGUUUCGAUUAUACUAAUAAGAAAAUUGCCAUCAUCGGGAGUGGUGCUUCAGCUAUUAGUAUGCUUCCAGCGCUCCCGGAGAGAGCAACCCAAGUCACGAUGGUUCAGCGGAGUCCUACAUAUAUAGCUCCAAUUCCAAAUACAUCGUGGAUUCACCACUAUUUCCCUCGGUUUCUCGUCGAUAUAUGUUAUCUUAUUACGCCCUACCUUAUAGUACUACUGUGUCGGCACUUCCCCGACUUUGUCAGAGAAUUGUUUCGUAAAGAAGCAACAAGGCUACUGCCAAAAAGCAUUGAUCACGAUACACAUUUCAAGCCGCGGUACAAUCCGUGGGAGCAACGGAUUUGUGUAGACCCAGACGGUGCUUUCUUCAAAGCACUUCGUUUACCAAAUGUGCGCCUCGUCACUGGUGAAAUCCAUAUGGUAACAAAUAACGAGAUUAGAAUGAAAGAUGGCCAGACUGUGGAUACUGACAUCAUCGUCACCGCAACAGGUCUCAAGAUGAUGAUGGGAGGAAAGAUUGAGAUACGAGUUGACAAUGAACCUGUAUCAUGGCGAGGGCGUUAUGUUUGGAAUGGGGCCAUGUUAGACUCAGUUCCGAAUAUGAUGUUUAUGUUUGGAUACGCAAAUCAUGCCUGGACUAUUGGUGCCGAUAAUACGGCUAUAGUUCUAACCAGGCUUUGGAAAUACAUGGAAAGAAACUCAGUCAGGUCUGCGAUACCUAGAGUAUCAGAGGAUGCAGCAACAGGUACACAACGUAUAUGGCAGCUCAGUUCCACGUACGUGCUGGCAGUCGAUGAAGAAUUGCCUGUCUAUAGAAUGACUGGUAAUUGGAAACCGAGGAAUCGCCCACCAGUCGAUUUUUUGCAUGCGCGAUGGGGAAAUUGUACGAGCGGUCUGGAAUUUUCUACCUGACUUUAUUACAUAGAGUAGCCUAGUAUAUCAACGAAUGCACCAUUAUAUCUACU